AGGAGGGCACGGCAAGGUUCAUUAAAGCCUGGACACUGAACUGGGACUUCGGCCGUUCUGACAGCAUUGGACUGGAAAGAAGAAUUCCAUAGGACGGACUGUCGAUGAGCUUCGGGACACAGGUGACGCUUUACAACAACAAUCGCAGCCACCGACCAACCCCCUCCCGUCCCCGACCCCGUCUCUCACUUACACCUCCCCCUCCCACCCCGAGACUAUGCUGGACGGAUUGAAAAUGGAAGCAAGUUUGCAACAUUCGGCAGAGAACACGGCCUCGCUUCUGGGGCCCAGUGGAAAGGAGAGGGCGGUAUGUGAAGGCUGUGACAGGGUGAUCGUAGACCGCUUUCUGCUGAGGGUGAAUGACAGCUUUUGGCACGAGCAGUGUGUGCAAUGUGCUGGGUGCAGGGAGCCCCUCACUACCACUUGCUACUACAGAGACAAGAAGCUUUACUGCAAGCAUGACUACGAAAAGCUGUUUGCAGCCAAGUGCAGUGGCUGCAUGGAGGCGAUCGCCCCGACAGAGUUCGUCAUGAGGGCGCAGAAGAGCGUCUACCACCUGCCCUGCUUCUGCUGCUGUGUGUGCGAGCGGCAGCUCCAGAAAGGAGACGAGUUUGUGCUGAAGGAGGGCCAACUGCUCUGCAAGGGUGACUACGAGAAGGAGCAGGAGCUGCUGAGCCUGGUCAGCCCGGCCGCCUCGGACUCAGCCAAAAGCGAUGAUGAAGACUGCAUCGGCAAACUGGAGCAGUUGCAAUGCAAAGGAGGGGAUGACUCCAAAGAUCCCAAGCGACCGAAGAGACCUCGGACUAUUCUGACCACGCAACAGAGGCGUGCUUUCAAGGCAUCUUUUGAGGUGUCUUCCAAGCCCUGCAGAAAGGUGAGGGAGACUCUUGCAGCUGAAACGGGUCUGAGUGUCCGUGUUGUGCAAGUCUGGUUCCAGAAUCAGAGAGCCAAGAUGAAGAAACUCGCUCGUAGGCAGCAGCAACAGCAACAAGACCAGCAGAACACACAGCGGCUGAACACAGUCCCAGCGAACAGUUCCAAUAACCCUGGAAUGGAAACGAUGAUGAACCCUUAUACAAGCCUGCCUCCACAGCAGCUCCUGGCUAUUGAACAGAAUGGAUAUAGCACCGAUCCUUUUCGACAAGGCCUCACUCCUCCUCAGAUGCCGGGAGACCAUAUGCACCCUUAUGGCAACGAGACCCUGUUCCAUGACAUGGACAGCGACACAUCGCUCAACAGUCUAGGUGACUGCCUGCUGGCAACCAACGAAGCAAGCUCCAUGCAGGCUCGGAUAGGAAACCCCAUAGAUCGGCUCUACUCCAUGCAGAAUUCCUACUUUACUUCAUGAGGUAGAGCUCACUGUCAACGCCGGAAAGAGCAGAGCUGCCCAGGGCCCCCACAGCCAACAGUUGAAUAUCAUUCCACAGCUCUACUCAACGUCACUGAAAGCAACAGACGAAACCUGGGGUCCUACAAGCGCUUGGACUGCGAUAAUCAUUGAUAAACCACCCCCUCCCCAUUGUUACCACUUGCUAUCAGUUAGUCGUGCUGAAUGUUUUAGACUGUUGUGGUUAGCCACGUCGCUGUGCUCUGAAUGGUCCAUCGUUGUCGAUGCGAGUAAAAUAAUGCUCACUCGUUUCAGAAGCCUGAUGGCUCCUUCCAGAUGACUCGCACUUAGCCCUCCCCGACCCCGCCUCUUGGAAAAUCCGAACCUGUCUCAGGUCCAGCGAUGGAUCGUGCAUUCGGCGUCAAAAACGCAAGACCCAGACCGGGGGGUGAGGGGGGAGGGGGUUCGGAACGCCACGCAUCCCUCGCGAAACUGUGGCCUUUAGCUCACCGGGUGCAGAAGUGGCCCCCACCUCUGCCCCCCUCCCUUUGGUGUUUCGCUCCUUACCACCCCGACCGAACCAGUGUCAAGCCUCACAACGCAAACCGGGCAGAAUCGCAGGUUAAAACUUUUCGACUGGGUCCUGGAUUUGGCGUUUUUGCGCAGGGAUGGUGAGGGCAGUGGAGUGCAGGCAUGCUGCGCCCACCAGGCACUGGGUUCCUUGUCCCAGGCAACCCGAAUCCAGAACUUUACCGGCCCGAUCAGAAUGACUUUAUAAAAGGUGGCUUCCGUUCUCCAGCUUUCACUAUUUAAUGAAGCACUCGGUGCACUUAAGGUAUGAACCGUCCUAUGCAUUAGCCUUCCUCGUUUGUAUCUUGUGUGAGGGCGAGUCCUGAUUUUUGAGGUCUUAUCGCGACUUGCAGUUAAUUUAGCAAAUAGCUGAACCCCAUGUGAACUGUUUUCAAGUCUUGAAAGCCCAGCUUGAGAAGGUUUAUGUUGUAAAUAACUGCUGUUAUAAGAACUUGUGUUUUUUUUCAAAGUGCUGGUUAUUUAACUGUGAAAGAUGAAAACAAAAAGCUGUGAUAAUGUAUUGACUGAAGAUCACCCUCCACAUUGGCAUUGUCACUGCAACCAACCAGGCCUCUCAAUUAGAGGCACAUAGAAAAGUUCACAGGCUAUAGGUCAAAGGUCUCUUCAUUGUAUGCUGUUAGUAGACACUGAAUAUGUAUUGUGCACCCGUUUAUUCAAGUGACGUUAUUCGUGUUUGAGAGACCCUUCUCGCCUUUCUGUAGGUUCGCGGCCCAAGACAAGGUUCGACUAGAAUCUCACAGACACACCUCACCCCUUGUAGCUCAACACAGGCUCUGAGGUAGAAACUUCGAACCUUCCUGGAUAGAGGAUAAACUGCUGUUGUCAAUCUCAUCUUUUGAGGCUCAUUUGGUCAGAUCAGUCACAGAGUGCACUGGGAGAAGCAAUCCUCCUCUUUUACAUGACAGUAUUUGGGCAGUGCUUCAAGUUCAAGACCCCAACCCCCCACCUCCCCUAGUCUCUAGGCUGAACUUUGCUGCGUUGGUAGAUAGGCUGCAACUGUGUC